GAACUCGUGUGUUUGGCGCACUAACUUCGGUUCUUUAUUGUUAUUUAUUUUUUAUUGCCGGGGUGUUUGUUCGGUGUUCGGCGGCGGUCAGUCGUGCCCCCGGCGGCCGGUUCGUGUGUCCGGACUUUAUCUGGGACUGAGAGCAUGAAAGCUCUCCAACAAUAGCAGCGAGUGGAACGGCGGAGGCUCGGAGCGGAAGGACACGGAGCUCCUGCAGGACAAUGUGGCGGAGUUGAUCGGACGUAGUUCGCGCAGCAGCCGGGAUGGAAGUGGGAAUGUUUUAACGUACGUUUGGCCGCUGUUAUCCCGACGGGAAUAUUACUGGAAAAUCCGCAUUGUGUGCCCGAGUGGGAGGCCGCAGCGAUGGGCAGAGAGCGCUGAGAGGCCCGGGAGCACAAACAUGGAGAUGGCUGCCGUGCUGCCCACUUUGUUGUUGUGUAGUUUUUGUUUUGUGGUACAAGGAGUCCCGCUGCUUUAUGCUAACAGACGAGACCUGCGGCUCGUGGACGCGACACACGGGAAGACCAAUGCCACGGUGGUGGUGGGAGGACUGGAGGACGCUGCCGCCGUGGACUAUGUUUAUUCAAAGGGUCUCAUCUAUUGGAGCGACGUGAGCGAGGAAGCCAUCAAACGCACCAUCUUCAACCAGUCGGGAGCCAGCGCCGUCCAGACGGUGGUUCCGGGCUUGGCCUCCCCGGAUGGACUGGCCUGUGAUUGGCUGGGGAGUAAACUUUACUGGACAGACUCGGAAACAAAUCGGAUUGAGGUGGCGGAGCUUGACGGCUCUUUGAGGAAAGUUUUGUUUUGGGAGGAGCUGGACCAGCCGAGGGCCAUCGCGCUGGAUCCCGAAAGAGGGUUCAUGUACUGGACAGACUGGGGGGAAAUUCCCAAAAUAGAGCGAGCAGGGAUGGAUGGUACAAAUCGCUCAGUCAUCAUCGAGAAGGAGAUCUACUGGCCAAAUGGUCUGACGCUGGACUACAGCCAACAGAAACUGUACUGGGCUGACGCCAAGCACAGCUUCAUCCAUCGCUCCAACCUGGACGGCUCCUCCAGGGAGGUGGUGGUGGACGGAGAACUGCCCCACCCCUUUGCUCUGACCCUGUAUGAGGACACCCUGUUCUGGACCGACUGGAACACCCACUCCAUACACUCGUGCAGGAAACAGAACGGAGCUGAGCGACGCAUCGUCCACUCGGACAUCUUCUCGCCAAUGGACAUCCAUGUCUUCAGCUCCAAGAGACAGUCUACAUCAGUGAGCAAUCCCUGUUCCCUGAACAAUGGAGGCUGUUCUCACCUGUGUCUUCUGUCCCCGACCAAACCUUUCUAUCAGUGUGCCUGUCCAACCGGUGUCCAGCUGCUGGAAGACAGCAAGACCUGCAGAAAUGGUGCCACUGAGAUUCUCCUCUUGGCUCGGCGGACGGACCUGCGCCGAAUCUCACUCGACACUCCGGACUUCACCGAUAUUAUCCUGCAGGUGGACGACAUCCGCCACGCCAUCGCCAUCGACUACGACCCGGUGGAUGGAUACAUCUACUGGACGGACGACGAAGUGAAGGCCAUCCGCCGCUCGCUCCUGGAUGGCGGCGAUGCUCAGUUCGUAGUCACGUCUCAGGUGAGCAACCCAGAUGGAAUUGCAGUCGACUGGAUAGCCCGGAACCUCUACUGGACGGACACCGGAACUGAUCGCAUCGAGGUGACACGGCUGAACGGCACCAUGCGCAAAAUCCUGAUCUCUGAAGACCUGGAUGAGCCCAGAGCUAUUGUUCUGGAUCCUGUCGCUGGCUACAUGUACUGGACCGACUGGGGCGUGGUUCCAAAGAUCGAGCGAGCCGACCUGGACGGUCUGGAUCGUGUUGUGAUGGUCAACACCUCACUGGGUUGGCCCAAUGGCCUGGCACUAGACUAUGAGGAACGCAAGAUCUACUGGGGAGACGCUAAGACGGACAAAAUCGAGGUGGUGAACAUGAACGGGACGGGGCGACGUGUUCUUGUCGAGGACAAGCUGCCUCACAUCUUUGGCUUCACGCUUCUGGGUAACUACAUAUACUGGACCGACUGGCAGCGGCGCAGCAUUGAACGUGUCCACAAACACACCGCACUGCGAGAAAUCAUCAUCGACCAGUUGCCGGACCUGAUGGGUCUAAAGGCCACCAACGUUCACACCGCCAUCGGUACAAAUCCAUGUGCAGAGAACAAUGGCGGCUGCAGCCACCUGUGCCUGUACAAGCCACAGGGCGUGCAGUGUGGUUGCCCCAUCGGCCUGGAGCUCAUUGCUGACAUGCGUACCUGCAUCGUCCCUGAAGCCUUCCUGCUCUUCUCCCGCCACACUGACAUCCGCCGCAUCUCCCUGGAGGCAAACAACAACAACGUGGCCAUCCCGCUCACUGGCGUCAAGGAAGCCUCAGCGCUGGAUUUUGACAUCAGUGAUAACCGCAUCUACUGGACCGACAUCACGCUGAAGACCAUUAGCCGGGCGUUUAUGAACGGCAGCGCCUUGGAGCAAGUGGUCCAGUUCGGUCUGGACUACCCAGAGGGGAUGGCAGUGGACUGGCUUGGAAAGAACCUGUACUGGGCCGACACUGGCACAAACCGGAUUGAGGUGGCCAAGCUGGAUGGGCAGCACCGGCAGGUUCUGGUGUGGAAGGACCUGGAUAGUCCACGAGCACUGGCCUUGGACCCUGCUGAGGGCUACAUGUACUGGACUGAAUGGGGCGGCAAGCCGAAGAUCGACAGAGCGGCCAUGGACGGGACGGGUCGCAUCACGCUGGUGGCUGGUGUGGGCCGAGCCAACGGGCUCACCAUCGACUACGCAGAGCGCCGACUCUACUGGACUGACCUGGACACGACCCUCAUUGAAUCGUCCAACAUGCUUGGUCAGGACCGUGAAGUGAUAGCCGACGACCUGCCUCACCCGUUUGGUCUAACCCAGUACCAGGACUACAUUUACUGGACUGAUUGGAGCCAGCGCAGCAUCGAACGUGCCAACAAGACCAGUGGGCAGAACCGCACCGUCAUCCAGGGUCACCUGGACUACGUCAUGGACAUCCUUGUGUUUCAUUCAUCCAGACAGAGCGGCUGGAACGCCUGCGCCGCCACCAAUGGCCUCUGCUCCCAUCUGUGCCUUGCUGUCCCCGUCAGCAGCUUUGUCUGUGGAUGCCCCGCCCACUUCUCCCUCAACUAUGACAACAAGACCUGCAGUGCUCCCACUUCCUUCCUGCUGUUCAGCCAAAAGAUGGCGAUCAAUCGUAUGGUGAUUGAUGAGCAGCAGAGUCCUGACAUCAUCCUUCCGAUUCGCAGCUUGAGGAACGUCCGUGCAAUUGACUACGACCCUCUCGACAAACAGCUGUACUGGAUCGACUCCAAGCAGAACGUCAUUUGCCGCGCUCAGGAAGACGGCAAUCAGAGCAUGACUGUGGUGUCCGGCUCUCUGGGUCAGGGUCAGCCCAGCGUGGGUCUGCAGCUUUACGAUCUGAGCAUUGACAUCUACAGCCGCUUCAUCUACUGGACCAGCGAGGUCACCAACGUCAUUAACGUCACGCGCACUGAUGGCAGUCGGGUCGGCGUGGUGCUGCGCAGCGAGCACGACAAACCCCGAGCUAUCGUGGUCAACCCCGAGCGAGGGUACAUGUACUUCACCAACCUCCUGGAGCGUUCGCCGAAGAUCGAGCGUGCGGCGCUGGACGGCACGGAGCGGGAGGUGUUGUUCUUCAGCGGCUUAGGCAAACCUGUCGCACUGGCCAUCGACAACGAGGUGGGAAAGCUGUUCUGGGUGGAUUCCGACCUGCGACGCAUUGAGAGCAGUGACCUCUCCGGAGCCAAUCGAAUCGUCAUCGCCGACUCCAACAUUCUGCAGCCAGUCGGCCUCACCGUCUUUGGGAACCACCUGUACUGGAUCGACAAGCAGCAGCAGAUGAUCGAGCGCAUCGACAAGACCACGCGGGAGGGACGCACCAAGAUCCAGGCUCGCAUCGCUUACCUGAGCGACAUACACGCCGUGCACGAGCUCGACAUGAGAGAAUACAGUAAACACCCCUGCACUUGGGACAACGGCGGCUGUUCCCACAUCUGCAUCGUGAAGGGAGACGGGACGACGCGGUGCUCAUGUCCUGUGCAUCUGGUUCUGCUGCAGGACGAGCUGUCCUGUGGAGAACCGCCCACGUGUUCGCCCGAGCAGUUCUCCUGCAUGUCCGGCGAAGUGGACUGCAUUCCUCAGGCGUGGCGGUGCGAUGGUUACCCCGAGUGUGAGGACAGCAGCGACGAGAAGGACUGUCCGGUCUGCUCCGACUCCGAGUUCCAGUGCGACAGCCGGCAGUGCAUCGACCAGAGCCUCCGCUGCAACGGGGAGGUAAACUGCCAGGACCGGUCCGACGAGACCAAGUGCGAAGUUCGCUGCCCUCCGGACCAGUUCAGCUGCUCUAGCGGUCAGUGCAUCGGAAAACACAAGAAGUGCGACCACAACAUGGACUGUACGGACAACUCUGACGAGAUCGGCUGCUAUGCGACAGAAGAGCCAUCGCUUCAGCCCAACACCACCAUCGGGUCCAUCGUGGCCGUGGUCAUGGCGCUGUUCGUGGUCGGUGCAGUCUACUUCGUGUGCCAGCGUGUUCUGUGUCCGCAGAUGAAGGAUGACGGCGAGACGGUCACCAAUGAUUUUGUGGUCCACGGGCCGUCGUCUGUGCCUUUAGGAUACGUGCCGCACCCGGCCUCGCUGUCGAACUCGCUGCCAGUUAUGUCCAGAGGAAAGUCUGUGAUUGGUUCCCUGAGCAUCAUGGGAGGCAGCAGCGGCCCUCCGUACGACCGCGCACACGUCACCGGAGCUUCAUCCAGCAGCUCAUCCAGCACAAAGGGAACCUACUUCCCCCCGAUCCUGAAUCCUCCUCCGUCUCCUGCCACAGUCCGGUCUCAGUACACCAUGGAGUUCGGUUAUUCCUCCAACAGUCCUUCAACCCACAGAUCCUACAGCUAUCGGCCCUACACCUACCGCCACUUUGCCCCGCCCACUACCCCCUGCAGCACCGACGUGUGUGACAGCGACUACACACCGGGCUGCCGAGCGCAGCUCAAAUCCACCGCAGUCAUCAAGGGCUACACCAGCGACCUCAACUACGACUCGGAGCCUUUCCCGCCGCCACCGACUCCACACAGCCAGUAUCUGUCAGCGGAGGAGAACUGCGAGAGCUGCCCGCCGUCGCCUUACACAGAGCGCAGCUACUCGCACCACCUGUACCCGCCGCCGCCAUCGCCAUGCACAGACUCCUCGUGAGACGUAACACACACAGCUCCGCCUCCUCACUGUAAAUAUCAAUUGUUCUUAUUCUGAGGUAAAAAAAAUAAAAAAAAGGGGAAAGACUGAAAGAGGAGGAUUGUGGGGGGAAAAAAGGAGCUGCAGAACAUUUGUACAUUGAAAGAGAAAAUCAUAUUUAUAUAUUUUCUAUACAGUGUUUACUGACGAUGGCAUAGAGGUUUGUAUUAAGAAAUUUGUACAUUUUUUAAGAAAAGAUUUUUAUUAAAAUCAUCACAAAUAUAAGUUGCCUUAAACCAGGAGCAAGGAGCCGCCCCCCACCCUCCCAUCCCCUGCCGAGGCUGAAGGACGCCGUCAUGAUGCCAAAUAAACUGAAGCGCUCCCACUGGAGGCUCAUCAAUGCUGCUGCAGCAGCCAUUUUAUCAGGCGUCUGCAGUUACCAUGGAAACUGGAUCAGGAUUGGCUGGGGAAAAAAAGCCUUUUUUGUUUCUUAGUUUUAAUGCAGAGAAUGUGGUACGGAGACUUCAUUUCCAAAACCUCUUUGUUUUUGUUUCUUGUGGAUGAGAGUCAUGACGUUAAAAACAAUCAACAAGAUCAGAGCGACUCAAAGAUGAAAUGAUCUCAGAUUUUGAGAUUAAAGUUGUAAUCCAAAAUACGCAAUUGAUAAAAAUAUUGAUUACAUCUAAGAUUCAUUUGUUACUUGAUUGGGAAAUGUCAGUAAUCAUUUGAGGGUUUGUAAUGUUGUGGCCAGAAGAAAAAGUGAUGUUUAAUCAAACUACAGCACAGAAUCCAGAUCAUACAGUUGAACCAGUUUUAGUUCCGGUUCAUAAAUAAACUAUAAAUACCUGUUUUGUGAUUCCUUUAAGGAUCAAUCUGUCUAUUUAAUGUGGAAGCUUCUCCAGAUUAACACCAGUUUCACACGUUUUAAUAACAUUUUACAGACAAAUAAAUAUCUGGUUUAUCCAGUUUAUUGUUAAUGUAAAAGCAAAAAAAAUCCCCUUGAUAAACUAAAUAAUUAGUCUUCAAAAUAAAUGGCUUUGUUUGUUAAUCAGCUAAAUCUGAUAAUUCCAAACUUGAGAUUACCACGUCCAACUUUAAAAUCUGAAAAUCUUCUGAGGCCCAAAACUUUAAUGAGACUUGAUUGGCACAUAUUUUAAAAAAAAACAUUAAAUAUAAAUUUUUAUUUUUAAUUGUGAAAUGGCAUCAGAAAAAUGAAGAGCAGCAUGGUCAUUUAAAUUGCUGGCUUUGUUUUAUUCUCAUUCCAUUUUAAAAUGAUAAAAUAGUUUUGCAGAAAUUAAAACACUUAAGAUGUUUAUUUAUUUUAUUGCCAGUUCACAGCCCAGCCACAAGGGGGCCACAUCCCACACUUUGGGAAUCACUAACAAAUGAAUGGACUCGAAUUUAAAAAAAAAAAAACAGAUGUUGCUGAUUCUGCGAAUAAAUUUGUUUAAAAUUCAAACUUGGUAACUUUAUCUCCAAAUAUAAUUUUUUGUUUGUCCUUGGAGGUCGCGUUGGUGCUGCGACACAUUUUUACAUUCUGGUUGAUCACGGACGGUCAUUCUGACUAAAGCACUAAAAUACUGAUUAAAACACUAAAAUUCCAAUUAAAUACACUAAAAUUGUGAUUAAAUAUACUGAAGUGCUGUUGACACUAAAUUAAUGAAGCGGCUCACACCAGCGGAUUGACGGGAUUCAAACCAAAACCUUUUCUUAUUUCAUUUUCACACUUGGAAUGUCUGAAUGCUGCCAGCACAGCGCUGCAUCAGUCAGUUUGUUUGCUUGUUUUAUUUUUGUUUUGAAGGAAGUGGCGACAAAUUGCUCUUGGUGCCUGACCAGUUCCACGUCUUCAUGUCACAGUUUGUUUGUUUGUUGUUUUGACACACAUUAAUGAACUCCAGUGGCCACUGUUCCUAAAUAAUAUUUUUGUACCACAUGUUGUAGAUAAACAUAUUUAUAAGCUAUGUAGAAACUCUGUAAACCUUCUCCACUGAAUUCUUGCAGAACUCUUCAUUCCGCCUUUUUUUUUUUUUUUAUUGCCUCAUUCUAUUUUUCUACUGAAUUUCACUCCAAAUGUAUGGCGACAAUCUGAGACCAGUCAAACCCAAGAACACUGCAGGAUUUCUGUCGGGUCAUGUGACGUCCAGCUGAGCUCGUCUGUUAGUGCCAUAUUUUUGAACAACAUGGACAUUUAUUACCGUGACAAAAUCUUAAGAAUAGCUGAGAUUAUGAAAUCUCAGUCGUCAUCACAAGCAGAAAAAAAUUGGCAGCGAACAUUUUCUUUAUUUCCCAGACAAAUCUUUUUGUGAUUUGAAAUGAAAAUAAUUUGUUAAAAAUAAGACUAUCGUCAAUAUUAAUGAAAGAAAAACUUACACUGUAAAUUAAAACUAAAGUUAAAAAAAACCCACCAAAAUGUAUUUAUUUAUACCGUGGGGAAAAAAUGUCAGUAAAAAUUACAUCGGAGAAAAACUGAGCUUUAAAGUCAAUCUUCCAUGUAGGUCACUUUCUUUGAAGGUCAGAUAAAGUAAAUUUUAUAAAACGUGACCAAUUUUAAAUGUCAUUGAGGGAAAAUCAUAAAUUUCACAUUUUUGUAAAGCUUUUAUAAUAAUGGGAAUAUCACUUCACCAAUAUCUCAGACUUUUUUUCUUUUUAACUUUGUGGCUCAAAUAUUUUCUGCUAAAUGUAAAUAGAAUUGCAGUAUAACAAAAAUGAAAAAACUACAGAGUAAAAUAUUAUAAAAUGUGAUUUGAAUUCUUUUUCUUGUUUAAUUUUUCUCUUUCCUUUCUGCAUUGUUCUUAAAAAGGGGUUGUUUUCAAAUAAUGUCACAAACUGUGCAGGUGUUGUAUUUUUAAAAAUUUGUGAAUGCAGAUAGUUUUUUUUUUGUUAAUUAUGUAUUUUGUUGUUUUUGUUUAUUUUUAAAUCAGCCAGAGUUUGACUACCAGCAGAAAUCUACAGACAAUCUGAACAGUUUUUCAUUUUUAUUUAUCAACAUGUCACAUUGUGAAUAAUAUCACAAACAUGAUGAAGUUUGUUUGAUGUUUUUAUCAAGAAAACACCACAUGGUUGUGUAACGUAACGCCAAACAUCUUCAACACCGAAAAAGACUUUCUUUUCAGUUAAAUUUCUUCAAAUGUUUGUACGUAUUAAAAUGUGAAUUCUGUCAGUCUGAAGAAACAUAAAAAGGACACUAGUGUAAAAAAUAAGAAGCUUACGACGCCAAUGUUUUUCUGGCGAAACGCCAAACAAGAAGUCACGUUGCCAAAAUUGAAAUGUAAACGUCUGAGUGGCUUCACAUGCCACGACAUUUUCCUGCCAACAUUCUGGAGCCCGCGGUACAAUCGCCAACAUAUCAGGUGUGUUUUCAGGAUGGGUGCACACAGCUAACUGUUUUUGGGAGAGGUUCUCAUUCUUUAACGGCACUUUACAUGACUUUUCUUUGUUCACCUACUUUUUGGUACAAACUUUUUAAUUGUUGCUGUGCAGCAGGAAUCCACUUGUACGAGUUUUUUCUUUCUUUUUUUUUUUGUUUUAAGAUUGACUUUCUGAUGAUUUAUGAAGUUUACAGAAAUGUUUUGUUUUCAUUAAAUAUGACACAAACUAAAGGUCAUAAGUUUUAGUUUCUCUUCAUACAGUAAAGAAGAAAAUUCACCAGUAUUAAAAAGUGGUUUCUUAUAAUUAUGACUGGAAUUUUUAUCUCUUCAAUUUGGGAAAAAGUCUGCUGUUGUAAUUACGAGAUCAUUUGUGUAGUUUUAGGCUAUAACACACAAAUCCAACUGUCUUAACGUCACAAUUAUAAUUACGAUAUUUAUACUGUAUUUAUAUCUGUAUUUAUGAAAAUAUGUCAAAUGAAGUCAUAAUGAUAAGAAACAACUUUAAUUAAUGAAUUUCCUGCUCAUGAAUAUUUGUCAGUUAUGAGGAAAAAAAUCAAAUCCAAGAAUAUCUUGUAAUUUCACCUUUGCAGGAGAUAAUUUUGUAAUUUAAAAAAAAUUUAAAGCUAUCUGACAUACACAGCAAUGACUUUGUAAUUCUGAAAUAUUAAAUUGUAACUGAUAAACACAUUAAUUACAAUCAAUCACACAAGUAGACAAAGUCAAAAUUUUUGUGCUUACAUCUGACAACUUCAUAAUUGGUAAAGUUACAAACUUUUAUUACAAACUUUUUGCACUGUAUAAAAAUGGUAGUGAGAUGCAGAAAUUUACAGGAGUAUCUUUUUUUUCCCUCUAUAGUUUUGCAGGAAACUAUUUCUGCAAUACUUUGACAAGACAAAUUUAACAAUCUAAAGCUACAAACAAAAGAAAAUUUUAUGAAAUUGUCUGGAAAGCCUUAUGAUAAGAACACCGUCUUUAAAAUGUUUAUAUUUGAUGAUAAAUUAACAGUUGAAAUUUGGCAGGAACUUUGAAAUAUAUCAUUAAAAAAAAAUUCACAAAGAAAUAUCUCAGGUAAAGUCAUUCUUAAAAGAAAAAAGAAAACCUCCAUGUUGUUGGAGCUUGAGUGAUAAUUUUUUUUAUUUUUUAUGUUCAGCUGUUUUGUUGCCACAGUGCUUUGCAAGGAUGUAUUUCAAGAUGACCAACAUUUGGUUUGUCCUGUUAAUUUUGUUUCCACUAACUCGACUUUUUAUACGGGGCUGCUUUAACUGGACGAGUUCGACCAUCCAGCUGCCAGCAUAAGCUGAUGUAACACAUGAAAUACUGGUUUUGGUCUUUCUUUUUGGUAAAUAUAAAUGAGUGAACUUGUU